CGGUAAUAAACAGGCACAUAGCACGUGUCUAGUGUUGGUCCAGUAGUUUGCAGCCUGGUGCCAGCUCAGCCCCUCCCUGCCUGCGAGCUUCAGGCGGACGCUGGUCCUCACUGCAGUCCGCAGUAAACUCACCGGAGCCUUCAGAGUGCAGCAGACUGCAGACUCCAUCACACUCCACCUACUCCUCCGCUUCUUCCCCGCGCUUCCAUGGCAGGUGGAAAGGACACACACGGUGCCGGGACAAUGGCUUUCAUCUCAGCCUUGGCGUUUUUGGCUCUAGUGGUCUCUGCUGAAGGAAGUGUUGGACCGAGUACCAACACCAGCUUUUGCACCGAGUCAAAGGAAUGUCUGGAAUAUCAGCUGGUCUGCAAAACAGAUGAAUAUGAGGUGCGACACUACAGCCCCACUCGCUGGGUUACAACAGAUGCUGAAGCCUAUUUCAUGGGCGUGGGUGCAGCCAUGGCCUUCAGGAGACUGUUCCAGUACAUCACUGGAGCCAAUGAAGGAGGCAUUCAGAUGGAGAUGACCGCCCCUGUCCUGGUCAAGAUCCCAGAAGAAACCAAGAUGUGGGAGCCGGCUAUCUACUCGCUCAACUUCCCGCUGCCGGCAGCCUAUCAGGAGAAGCCACCUGCGCCCACCAAUGAAAAGCUGUAUUUCACAGAGAUGCCAGAGAUGGAUGUCUAUGUGAGGAGUUAUGGAGGCUGGAUGCUGUCAGUCACCUCCAGGCUUCACGCUCACCUGCUGACUAAAGAACUGGGGAGAGUUCGAGCUUCCUACAACCACAGUUACCACUAUGGAGUCGGCUAUGACAGUCCCUUGAAGCUGUUGAACAGGCACAAUGAGGUGUGGUAUGUGGCCGAGGGGGAGCUAGUUUGCACAGAUCCACAGGAGCCGACCCCUGCGCAUACACCCAGGCCGACUCAGACCAACUCCCCCCCAGACUCUCUGUCUGACCCUCUCCCACACACACUCUCUGAUUCUCCCGCACUCCCUCCCUCCAACCUAUCCUCAUAUGCUAAAUCCAACUCUUCUUCACAAACGCCCUCUGACACAUCAUCUCUCCCCCCAUCUAAUGCUCCACCUAGUCCUUCAUCCAACCUGUCCGCUGACGCCACAUUCAGCCAUCCCCCCACCUCCUCCCAGAUCCUGCUGGACCCGACAACCAACUCUUCCACCCUGGCCGCUGUGAACCCGUCCCUGGAGCCCCAAUCUAAUGCCGCCCUGUGGAACAGCACAGCCCACAGCUCUCUGGAUACAAAAGCUGACAGUAACCCUGUGACCGAGCCAGACAACGCUCAUUAGCAACAGUCACAUUUGAUUUGAGCAGCUAUUCCAGGUAUACUAACAUGGAAGUUAAAUAGAAAAGAAGCAGUGGAGGUGUUGCAGAAAAAUGAUGGAGAAGCUGUUAUCAUCCUCCUUAAUCUCUCUAUCUCUGUGUAUUACACUUACUCCUUCUUAUGGCACUUAGUGUUUAGCUAUAUGUUCGAUACACAGCUUUGCACCUGCAGCUUUCUGUAUCAGCAAACACAUGCCUGUCCACUUUGUCGUUCUGAGCUUAUCAUACAGCUGCAUCGUUGAAUUAAGUAAAUGUAUGUAUUAGUUAGAAAGUUAGAAUUCAAGGUUAUUGUGUUGAUUGACCCAGUCAGAGCGGAAGGCAGGGAUAGAUGCCGUUUAAAUGCCGAUCAGUUUAAUCCGAAAAAUAACUUUAAAAAAAUUUAACAAUCAUAGUGUGUUCGUAUGAUGCUGUAAUUAGCGAUUUUUCUUUUUGUGCCACUAUAUUCCAGCCAUAACAUCCUACAAAAUUCUACUCUCAUGUCAGUUAAUUUCAUGAUAUUUGUGGCAACAUAUUGGUGAAUCAUUAUAAAUUCAGUGUGCACAUGCAAUGGGAUCUUUGGUGUGGCCUUAAACCUAAGUGCUUAUACUUUAUAGCUAUAUAUAAUAAUAGUUUAUGAAGUUUUUGGGAUCAAACCUUUUUUCCAAGUAUUAGAGCUCAAAGGUGUCUGUAAAACUAUGGCCUUAUGUUUUGCAAAUUUACCAUCUCAGUAUUUUUAAAUGAUUACAACCAAUUUGAUUAGAUUUUUUUUGGGCUACUAGAAUUCAAUGAACAUAUUUACAAGAAUAAAAACUUGGAUUAUUGUACUAUGUACCAGAAAGUUUCUUGUUGUUAGAUCGUCCCUUAAUUUCACAGUCAAAAGUUCAGCAAAUAAAAAAAUAGCAAUACAUAUUUUUAGCAUUUUUAAAUAUCAGUAAGUCUAAUCCACACAAGACAAUUCUAAACCUAUGUGUAAAAAUGUAAUAUUUACUAAGAUUGAUUUUUAUUCCUGCUAAUUUAGACCAAAAUGUCUCAUGAAUUAAGUCGGGGUUGACCGUUACCUGACCCUAAUAAGUAGAAAUGUCAAGAAGAAAAAGAUGGCAAGAAUAUCUAAACAAUGCUGGAUUCAUACACUUUCCGAAUGUUAUGAGGUAGGAAAUACGUUCACCAAGUUUGUCAGGCUUCAAGGAUGUAAACAAAGGGUUUUGGUAAGAGAUGUUGAAUGUUAACAAAACGUGUUAGUUUCCAAAGGAAAUCCCACAGGGUACCUUUAAUCUAGUUUUUGCACACAGUACAAAGUAAGGCCCUUACUCAAUUCUGCCCAAAACACUUUUCUGUGUAUCUAUACCUAGAAAAUCAGCCCACAACAAUCCCUUAGCUUAAUCUAGGCAGGAAGGACUGCCCCAAAGAUCCCAAAGAAUCACGCCUGAUAAACAAUGCAAUACAAGUUACAUCAGUUAAUAAAUCUAUCUAUCUGUCUCUGAGCUACAAGCUGUGUUUUCUGAGGAAGGUGCAAUAAAAAACCAUAAACACUU